AUGAGGGGAUGCCUCACAUGUCGUCUGCGCCAUCUGAAAUGUGACAAAUCCGGGUCAAAAUGUAUCCGCUGUCAACGCUCUGGUCGCGAAUGUGUGCCAGCCCCCGGCAAAUCUGAAGAGGUCUCUUUCCGACACGGCCAGAACCCAUCCUUGCGAGGAAAGGGGCCCCCGAGAUAUGGCGAGAGUGAUCUUGCUUUCCCGGAUGACCAAGUCUGGGUUGAGACAUCUUCCGACUUCGACUUCAAGGAUGAAACAGAUCAGACGGCAGCUGAAUACUAUGUUGUACCUGUGACAAGGCAGGCGUCAAUUUCAAGAUCUUCUUCUGAACGUUCGACGCCUUCAUCUGCAAUGGAUUCUUCUUUGACAACUCCAAACCUUGUCAUUCCUGCUUAUGCCGCAGGCUCUCAAUUGGGCUCCAGGUCGAAUUCAGUGAACUCGCCACGUGCACCUACCACGCCUAUUGCCCAAUCGAGGCUAUCCAACGUGACCGAAGCAUUUUUGUUGCGGCAUUUUCAAAAGUACCUUGCCCCGUGGCUCGACGCAUUCAACCCUGAACGAAACUUCUCAAUAGAUGUCAUCGAGCGCGCGACUCAAUCUCCAUUAUUACUGUAUGCAUGUCUAGCAGUCUCAGCAUGUCAUUUAUCCCGAACAACAAACUCCAUCGCCGGCGAUGUCGCACACGGAUACCAUGAGCGCUGUAUCUCAAUUAUGCUCCCGGUCCUCGACAAGCCCGAAUUUGAAAUCGGAAUCGACAUCCUACUUUCAUCAACAGUCAUUCUACGAUUUUUCGAAUCAAUCUCCUGUGCGUGGACCACCAAUUCAUCAUCUUCAACGCAGAAUAAUUACCCCCGACUAAUCCACCAAACAGCCCAUAGUCCCCCAAACGACCAACAACACCAUCUCCUGGCCGGUUCAGUCUAUGUCAGCUCCCACGUGGACUCCGCUAUCGCAGGCGGACUAGCAUCGGCUUCCUUCUGGGCCUAUGUCAUUCAAGACAUCCAAUUCGCCCUUACAUACCAAAAAUGUCUUCGGCUAUCAUUCGCGCCGUUCGAUGAUCGUCUAAGACGGUGGUGGAUUGCAAAGCCUGCCUUGAGCGACGGUGACUGGACCAACCGCGCUAUAUGGCUAUUGGCCGAGACUAUCGACUUUUGUUAUAAUAUCUCGGGCCGAAGCCAUGAUGGUAGACUUGGGAGUGCAGGGGAGACUGCGCUGAGACAUCGCAUUCUUGAGUGGGAGGCCGGCCGACCUGACACGUUUGUUCCGUUACAUGUUUCGCCGCCGGAUCCGGGGAAUGGAAAGCCUUUUCCUGUUGCUUGGUAUACGAGCUUGUGGCAUGCUACUGCGAUCCAGCAUAUCUGUCUCACGAAAUCGCUCAUGCUCAUUCGCGAACUCGAGUUUUAUGAUCGUAGCAUGUUAAAUUUAGAGCAGCCUGUCAAAUUGAGGAAUGAUCUCGCCGAAACGCUCAACUUUAUGUUCGGCAUCGCCACAUCUGCUGAUGAUGAUCCAUCGCUGCGUAUCACGGCUUGCCACGCACUUUUUGCUUGUGGCUCUUGGGUUGAAGACCCUGUUGUCCAGAAUUUGCUGAUUGAUCUGCUUCGCCGAACGGAAAGGGAGAACGGCUGGCCGUGGGGGUACGUGCAUAACCAAGUCGUGCAAGCGUGGAGGACAAUAUAG